AUGCCCCCGUCCCUACUGAUCUCCGCGCCGCCCGCCAGCGUUGGAUCCUCGACUGCUACGUCGGCGCAUGAAAUUGGGGCAAACGGGGGGCCACCGACACGCGCUAGGGGCGUCGCUUGCAGAGCUGUCAACGGCGAAAGAGGCACGAAGGAAUACUCGCCUUCCUCAGGCUCCACGCUGGCUAAAAGGCCUAGAGCGGUAGUAGUCUUGGAGUCCGAACAGCGUCCCCGCCCCUGUUGCGUGCUCCGGAUCCGAUCUCGAGUUGGUGAUCCCGGCGGUUACGACCCCGGCGAUAAUCCCCGAACGUGGACAUGGCGCCGCAUUCGACGAACCGGCGUCUGGGACGUUAGCCAGGCACCAUCCAGGAAUAGACUGGUCGUGAACCCGUCCUGGACAGGACCUAGACAGGACCUAGACAGGGGAACUGCAGAGAAGGGAGCGGGAUACUCCGUGGAAGCAAACUGCAUCACAGAUUACAGGGGGCCGCACGCAGGAGGGUGUCAGCACGACGGACCUGCAGCGUCCUUUUGGGGCGCUCCGAACGGCUGAAGAUUCGGUUUGGUAAACAUCCAGGUUCUUCCGCCGAGGCUUCCUCAAUAAAGACUCCACCAAGUUCCACUUGGUGAAGAUAACUGAGAGAAUUCGCCCCUCUGGCAGGGCAAAGCACGGAGAUAGAAAUGGAACCGCGGCGGUGACUCGCGUUCGACGGCCGCUGCGGACGGGCCGCGAGUAAUGAGCAAUGGAGAAUGAGUAAUGG